CCACCAGUGAAUAGCAAGUCUACAGCGCAUCUCGAGACAGCAACAAUGGUGUCUUUCAAAGCCCUCGUCACAACGGCCCUGGCGCUCAUCCCAAGUGCUAUCGCCGCACCCGCAGACACCUCCGCCCUGGUCGCGCGCCAGAACUCUCCCUGGCAAUGGUGGACUGAAGGGCAGGGACAGUUCAGCUGCCAACAGCAAGGCGGCGGCAAAUACUCGUGCAACUGGAACGGGAAGUCUGGCGGCGGCAUGGUCGCUGGCACCGGGUGGGGUGCUGGUAGAAAGACAGUACGCUACAGCGGGCAAUACAACCCCAAAGGCCCGGGCUACCUCUCCCUCUACGGCUGGACACGCAACCCUCUCAUCGAGUUCUACAUCGUCGAGUCGUGGGACGUCCUCGCGCCGGGCGAGCCCUGGACGCUCCGCGGCAACUACACGUCCGACGGGAACAACUAUGCGUUCUACACGGCGCAGCGAGUCAACAAGCCGUCGAUCGAGGGGACCAGGACGUUCACGCAGUACUUUGGUGUAAAGAGCGAGGCACAGAAGACGGUGGGAAGUGUGAGCGGGACAAUUACCACAGGGAAUCAUUUUGAUUUCUGGUCGAGUAAGGGGUAUCGGAUGGGAAACUUUGAGCAGAAUAUGUUCAUGGUUACGGAGGCGUUUGCGAAUGGGACAAAGUUGCCGAGCGGGACGAGCACGAUUACUGUUAGUUAG